UGUAGUCGCGUGGCGUGUUUCUAAACUUCUUGUGCUUUGUUGAAGUGCAUUUAAGCGUUUAAACUCUUGUAUUGUGGGCCAAACGGAAAUCAACAAACAAUCAUCUGUCGCUGACAAUAUUUUUUUUUGAAAAACAACAAAUUGGAUGAAAUUGUCGAAGAUUUUAAAGGUAUUGUCUCAUCCUGAAAUGUAGGUCGCAUGUGUGAGGGUUGUUGUCUCGUGCAUAAAUCUAGUGUAGAAAAUAACUCAAAAUUAGAUUUAUAGAUGACUUGCCUUGUUUACGUUUUGCUAGCAGGCAGAUUUGGUCGAGCGCUUUUAGAGAAUCCCAACAGCAAUAACGUAAUUUCAUUGACGUUUUGCUUCUUAUAUUUUUGAAGCUAAUCAAGUCGACGGCGUGGAUUUUUUCAAUUUAGAACCACAUAAUAUUUAUCAGAUGAUUCCUCAAAUGAAACUUCACUAGAAAUUUAUGAAGGAACGAUGGAAUUUGCACAAUUAUAAAAUGCUGUCUGCUAUUAAAAAGACAAAGCAAAAGAAUGUCAGCAGUAUCCUUGAAGAGCUGGAGGAUUGUCAAGUUGAAGAUGAGAAAGAGGUCAAGAACCGGUGUAUAAUGGCAUGUUUGCCUUAUGUGUUAGAUGACCAAUGCACCCAUCGAGAUAUGAACAAAAAGCUAUUUUGGGACAUUGUUGAUGGUAAAAGCUUGGGGGAAGUUCAAGAGAUCAUUAACAAAAGUUCGUCUCCUGGACUCCUAUCAACAGAAACAUUAAGAAACAUUCAUUCAAUAAUGUUGGUGGCUAAGGGGAUGAUUGUGGCAAAGCUGAAAACGGAAAAUAUUGUCAACGCAGUUAUUAUUUUACUUAGUUCUUUUUAUACUUUUAAUGCUGAGUAUGCUAAAGGUGUUAAUGGACAUUGCAAAAAUGUAUUAAUCCUUUUGGAAAAUUUGCUUUUAAAUUCAAAAUGCAAUUGUAAGGCUCAAUUGCCAACUUUUGUCGAUCAUUUUAUUUCUUCUAUGAAGUAGAAAACUUUUGUAGUGUUAAAUAAUGGCAUGUAGUAGAGAUUUUAAGUAUUCUGUGUUUGCAAAAAAUGUGCUAAAUUGAUUUAACCAUUAAUUUAACCAUUUUUGUUUUUGGUAUUUUUGACCAAUUUAGGAAUUGGUUGUUUUGACCUAUAAAAAUUGUUCUUCUCAGGUGCAUUCAAAUGACCAUUUUUUUUGGUCAUUUUGACCAAUCUAUUUUUACUGUGUAAAACAUUGGAUUCCAGGGUUAGAAAAUUACUUGAUCAUAAAACUAAAUGGCAUUUUCAAAUCUUGAAAAAGUUUGACGUAAAAUAAUAUUAAAUAUAUAAUUUUAUUUUGACUAUGUUGAUUAAAUCUACUUCAUUCAGUAGCUAAAUAAUUGCAGGCUACCAACAUGUA